AACCAUGCACAAGCUAAUUAUUUCGCUCUCAAUGUCUUUAGUGAUAAGUUCCGCGGAACCAGUCAGGUGGAGAUCAAGUCCAAGAUUCGCCCAACGUCAAGAAGUUGCCCCCGCUCAAUGGAAACCUUCCAUGGACCUCAAUGGAACUCCUCCCGCACCACCGGCAAGCUAUGGACCUCCUCCUCCAGCACCCAGUUAUGGACCUCCCCCCGCUCCACAAGAGGAACCUUCUUCAUUGACCACUACCACUGAAAUUUCCAUUACGACCGAGGGAAAUUCGGAAAGUGUCGAUGCGGUGGGGGGUGGUGAGGGGCACAGUGGAAAACUGGUUAAUGGACAUUAUUACAUUUACCAUCCAAGCGGUUUGCUGCAGAAGGUUUAUUAUGCCUCAAACAAUGACGAUUCAAGGAUGUCGCUUGCUGUUAAGUUGAAGUAUGAAGAUGUGGAACCGAUUAGGGCACCCGUGUACACCUACGAUCCAGAGACGUACGUUUUACGUAAAGUAUUUGAUCCUUUAUUGGAACAAUAAAGUGUAAUAAAUAAAUUUGUUUAAUUUGGUA